UGAUGACUCAAGGCUAAGCCCGGAUCUCCAACAGCCGAUACCCCCGUCAAUCUCAUCCGUCAACAGCGCCAUCCUCUUGGAUUCUCACGGCAUCUUUCACUCCUUGGUCAUGAGCCAUGCGAAGAACGCUGCGGUGGAUGCUCCUCAGCGACAUCCACUUCAGGCAUCCUGACCGGGACCGAAUAUGGCACACGGCAAAGUGGAUUGUCGCCGAGGCAGAGAGAAACAAGGUCAGGCGGGUGGUGAUAUGCGGCGAUCUGCUGACGAGCCGUGCGAUGCAGUUGACACACGUCUUGUCUGCCUGCUACCGCUUCAUUGGCCUCCUCAGCGACGUUGUGCCGCGAAUUCACGUCGUCCUGGGCAACCAUGACCUCGCCUACCGCCGUGACUAUCAGACCACGGCCCUCGACGCUCUCAACAUUAGGCGCUUGGCCCCCUAUGUAUCGGUGCAUAGCAGCAUUGCUCACCACGAAUGGGACGGCCGGCAUGUCUUGAUACUGCCGUUUCGGGAGGACCAGAACGAGUUGGCUGAGGCUGUGGAUGCUCUGGACCCCUACGAGGCAAGCAAGACGGUUGCCUUUGCCCACCUCGCAAUCAACAGAGCCAUCACGCAGAGGUAUGUAGUUGGUGCUGGCGUCGACAACCUCCGUGCGAGGAGCUCCAUCACGUAUCGAGGCUUGAUGGGCCCGGAUCGGUUCGCCUCGCUCGCCCGAACCUUUACAGGGCACUUUCACAGCCAUCAAACCAUCCGCAACAACGUUGACCUGCGAGGCAGCAUCACGUACCUGGGCUCACCCUUGCAGCUGAGCUGGGCCGACCUUUACGACGAGCAGCGGGGGGUCGUCUUGUUCGAUCCGGAAACUCUUGAGCACGAAAUGCUCAUCAAUCCGCAUGCUGUUGGCUACACAACGGUUGACUUGAAGCAAGUACUUGACGGCCAAGUGGAUGAGAGCGUCGUGGCGGACAAGCAUGUCAUGCUUAUUGGCAAACUUGGCCACCUAAACUACGUCACAGCUCGUGAUAAGCUUCUCUCGCAGUUAAACGUGCGGAGCGUGCGUACGUGGACUCCCACGGGGUUUACACUGAACGCCGACCACACAUCGUUUGGAGGCCUCGGCGCAUCCGUACCUGAGAGUGAUGCCGCUGUCCAGCUCUUGGAGAGACCUGCUGGGGAUGGGACGGGCCCAGAUACUACGGGCGAUGGCUUUUUGAGUUCUGAUGCUGAUGCCGAUCCUUGGGCAGCAAAACUCGAUCUCGCUGAAGAGGCUCGCAAAUAUGUCGAGUCGCUUCAGCUGGAUGAGACUCUUCUCUCGAGACGUAACGAGUUGGUGCGGGUUGGCCAGCGAAUGAUUCAAAUUUCCCGAGAGAUGGCAGACCAGGAUAGCGAGGCCGAGCAUAACCACCGAGACUUUCUCGACCCAUCAUCUCAAGUUGUCGGCACAAAGACCGCCACAGAGCUGGCUGGACCGUCGACACAUGUUUUCGUAGCCGAGCCUCGCAAACUCACAAUCAGCAACUUCCUUGGCGUGCAAGGAACCAUCACUAUCGACUUUCAAAAGGACCUUCCGCGCGGAUUGGCCUUUCUGGUGGGUGAAAACGGCUCCGGCAAAAGCACCCUCGUCGAGGCCAUAGUCUGGUGCCAGUUCGGGCGAUGCAUUCGUAGCGGAUUGCUUGUUGACGAUGUCGUCAAUGACAAUGUGGGCAAGAACUGCUCCGUCAUCCUGGAGUUUGCCAACGGAUACACCAUCGCGCGGCAUCGCAAGCACAAGAGCCAAAACAACCGCGUUGUUGUCUCACUACAUGGCGAGCCGCAACCGCAAUUCGAGCGCCCAAGCCCGCGCAUGACGCAGGGGGCCAUCAAUGAGCUGCUUGGCACUGAUUACGAAACGUAUGUUAGGACGGUCGUGUUGAGCCACGAGAGCGCGGAGAGCUUUCUUAACUCUGCGCCGCCGCAACGGCGUGGCCUGAUCGAGGCAUCGCUCGGGUUGUCGAUGCUGGAUCAGUGUGGCCAGGUGUCAAAGUUGCUUCUCAAGGAUAUCGACAGGAAUAUGAACGAGGUGGAAGGCAAGUUGGAAGGCUUGCUCCGGCCUAUGGAACAUAUCCAACGGCGGCUCACCGAUCUGGACAAGAAACGGAACCGACACGAAAAGGAGGCAGAAGAGGCUGUUGCAUCCUUGAAGGCGGCUGUUGAAGAGCAUGCAACUAUCGAGUUACAAGUGAAUAGACAAGAACCUUCCAGUGAAAGCAGCACAUCAUUCAGAUACCAACACGCCGAGAUUUCGACAUUGCAGGAUCAACUUUACCUUGAACAAGAGAAUUUGCAACGGCUAGACAGAUCGUUUGCCCAAUUAAAGGAACAAAAGCGUGCCGAGCCGGUGUCAUGGCUUGCCCGGCUGCAGCAACAAAUAAGCCAAAGGCUUGGAGUUAUGGCUGCGACUCACGCCGUAGGUCUAGGUAAACUCGUACACGCGGCGAAAAUGUUCAUCUUCCGCUUGCGGUUGAUGGCUGUUAUGGCCCUCUUGCGCGUAUCUGGGAUCCCAAGUGACGGUUCUGAGGGAGUCAUCGCCCCGAAUCAUAUCCAAAAGGCAGCCAUCAGUAGUCUCCGCGAAGACAUUGAGAGCAGCACAUCGCGGCUCAAGAGCCUGAAGCACGAAGCUGAUAGAAUCAUUGCACUAGAAGAUGUUGCCAUCAACAACGCCGUAAUGAUCAAGAAGCAGCUCACGCGAGUUAUACAGGCUCAAAAGACAUACGAGGCCCUAGAGCACCAGGUCUCUCUCAAACGGAGCGAAGCAGCCACGUACACGAGCUUUGUCAAAGACGAGCAGUCGUCUCUGCACUCGCUUCGCUCAGAACACGACGCGCUGGCCGCCAGACUGAAAGAGCUCGCCGCCGAUCGUGAGCUGUUUGACUUUUGGUCCUCUGCCCUGACGAAACGCACUCCUCGCGCCUCUUCGUCUUCUUCUGCCAGAUCCACGGCAAAGGCAACGGUCAACUUCCGCGACCAUGUCCUCGGAAAGGCACUGUCAGAGCUUAACGCGCUCCUUGCGCAAGUCCUCGCAAUGCUGUACGAUGAUACACGCCACGCGCGCGACAUGGCAACGGGAAUGCUGCGUUCGUUGUUCGAAUCUGACUCUGUCGACGCUACUAUCGAUCCAUCGCUCUCUUCCUCGGGACCAGUUCUUGAUCGCACCCUUGCUGUUCACCCCUCACUCGCCUACGGCAAACGCUCGGGUGGUGAGCGCAAACGUGUCGAUCUUGCACUCUACUUUGCUCUGCUGCAGCUGACAUGGGCUAGAAGUGCUCAUCGAGCGCACUAUCUUCUUGUCGAUGAGGUGUUUGACAGUCUAGACGAGGCGGGCCAAGCGGCUGUAGUUCGAUGGUGCGGACUCAUGUCGCAGACGGUUGGUUGGGUUCUGGUGAUUACGCAUAGUCGAUUCUUGGUUGAGCGUGAUGUUGGGGACGAUGCGGACAAGCUCAUGGUUGUGAGGGCGAAGAUGGGAGAGAAGGGGACGGAGCUGGCUGUGGAUGGACGGAGGAUUGGAAUUUAAGAUGAGAAAUGAGAGGUUGUAUGCUGUCCAUGAAAGGAGCUGUGUCUUUUGAACCUUGGAGAUUCAGGCCAUAUUACUGGCAGAAGCACAGAAAGCAUGACAAGCUUAUCAAGGUUCCAAGACCAAGCUUUGUGUACAUAUAUACAACUAGGUACCUGACCUAUCGGCUUAGCCGCCGAAUCGCAAAGUGCAAGCUCAAAAUGUAUGGGGUAUCAC